AAAGCAAUUACUCAAUAUGUACAUGUGCAGCGGGCGAUGAAGUUGUUGGUGCUCGAGCAAAAGGCCGAGCUGGUAGCUUCCGUGAGAAACUCAACGGCAUCAAAGAGGAAGGCUGAGACUGUACUUGACAUUAUCGAAUAACCCUCCUUCUGGAAGAUGCUCCAUCAGGUUUGCAUGCAUCUGAUGCCUCUGAAGGUUGCAGGCAGAUUGCUCGAGCAGGAUGCUACUAGGCUUGACACUGUCGUGCGUACGCUGGCACGGCUAAGCAAAAACUUCCAAAACAUCCUUGAGGUUGAUGCAUCACACGCGCUCGAAAGCAUCCUCGAGAAGCGAUGGCUGAAGAUGCUGCAACCGAUCAUGGUGCUCGCAUACGUGCUCCACCCUAUGCUGCAACUCAAUCACAUCAACCGCAUGGAGCCGAUUGGCCAGCCGCACAACCUGUGUCAGUUGGCAAGCAACUUGUACACUGAGUACUUUGGCGGGACCAUUGAGUACAGGGAUGCUGUGAUUCGACAGUUUGGGGAGUAUAAAACCCACAAAGACAACUUUAGUUUGGUCAAUGCCUAUGCAUGCGAAAAAGAUCCGACAAGCUUUUGGGUGCAUGAUGCAGAACGCGAAGCCUCAGCUGGCUGCCGUUGCACUUCGGCUUUUUGGGAUGUUUGUGCAUGCGGGCUCAAUUGAAAGGCUGUGGUCCGCAUUGGGAUUAAUCCAGACCAAGAGUCGCAACCGCCUCGACUCGGCCAAAGCGGUAAAAAUUGCGCAGAUCCAAGCAGCAAUCCGCAGCAGGGUUGCAAUCCAGGAAGCGACGGGGCAUACAAAGCCACGGGGUACGAACGCACCCCAACGUCAGUUCCAGCGCUAGUUUCUUCCAGCCGCCUCGGGAGCGACAAGUUCUCUGUCUAUUCCCACGCCAAACACGAGCCAGCAGAUCGGAGCAUCCAGGUUGAACAACGAAACCGAAUGGACUCCGUCCGAAUUUGCCAGCAGUCAGCUGGAUGAGACCAUUGCUGAUCUUCCGGAUUUGGUGGUGGCAAAUUAUUGUGGGCGAAUCUUCUUGAAAACUCAUUCAACGAGAUUCAAGAGGAGGAAUACAAUGCAGAAGAUCCGUUGGAAUACGGGAUAGGUCAAGCACCCCAUCGAAUGAUAAUAAAGUAGUGUAACAAAACCUCUUUGCGCCGACUCUAGAGCAGCUCAACGAGAAUGACAUAGAGUAGGAGACAAACGCUGAUUUGAGCCGAGAGACGAGUCGAAUGAUCUAUCAAUAUUGAAAUCAUAAAAAAGC